AUGAACCAGUCCAAACUUAAAACUUGUGAUUUUUGCAGAAAACGUAAGAAGAGAUGUCACACAGAUCAUGGGGUUGGCUCGUGCACCAACUGUAUCCAUGCAAAUGUUGAAUGUAUCUAUUCAUUUGCUAAGAAACGAAGACCUCGAACCAAGACCAAGGUGAUUGCCAAAAAUUCGAUUGAUCAGUUAAAUUCCAGAUUGUCAUCUUUGGAAGGGCUUAUUCUGCGUCUUGUUACACAGUUCUCUGGUCCUGAAUGUAUUGAUAAGGGCAGAGAGUUCUCGAAGGAAGUCGUUUCCCCGGACUCCAAUGAUUCUAACAAGCACUCGGGUGGUCAGAUUAUUGACUCUAUCAAGGAUAAGAAGAUAUCGCAUACCGAACCCAAGUGUUGCUAUUCUGGUUAUCCAUGUUCAAUAAUCAAUGUUUUAUCAAAGAAAAGUUUGCUUUGGGUUCAAAAAAAGCUAGACGGCGAUAUAUCAGCAAUCAAACCAUUUAUAGGUAUGCCCCGGGCAUUUUUCAAAUCGGUAAGUGUGUUGAUGGGUGCUUGGAUGGAUCCAAAAGCACUUGAAUUGAUACAUGGUUACACCCCUUUACAAUCAGUUCUACCAAAAAAUCCCGAAAUUGUACUUCAAAUAUUGGAUGCAUUCCAUAAUGAGAAUUUUGCAAAUCAUUUGGUUUGUAGGGUGGAUAAAAUUAAACAUUUAGCCAUAGUUUUUUAUCAACAGGAUCCGUCGAAAACAUUAACUCAAUCAGAAUUGUUCUUAAUUCACAUUAGUAUUGCUGCUUGCUUAAUUAAUAGAUUUACAAUCAAUGAUAAAGUAACAAAUAAUUAUUAUACCUUGGCUAAAUUAGAUCAAAAUUAUUUGAUUUCUUUGAAGAAUAAAUGUUUCCAGCAAUCCUUAAUCUAUUAUGAUAAUGUCAAAAACAACAAUGAGGGAAUUGAGACAAUACAAGCCUUUCUUAUUCUUCUAGGUUAUGUUGACGCAAAUUUCGCUCACGAUGAUAAUAUUCCUCAUCGGCUUGCAACUGAUAUCUUACGACAUUCAAAGAUCAUUAAAUUACAUGAUCUGGGAAUGUUGAAAAACUUAAGCCAAAAGGAUGCUGACGAAAGAAGAAGACUUUGGUGGUGUUGUGAGCAUAUGGAUUCUGAAAUGACUUAUAGAAUUUCAAAAACUACAAAUUUAUUCAAUGAAGAUUUUACUAUUUUAACCGAUGAUGACAAUUACUUCUUACCAACUCCAAAAUUCCCCUUUAUGAAUGGCAGUGGUCCAACUUCUAAAGAUGUCUCAAAAGUCGUUGAUUUUGCCUCAUUGAAUGGAUUUCAAUAUUAUUAUGGUUUUUACAUCUUAAUGUUGAACAGGAUUAGAAGAUGUGUUUUCAGAUCCUUAAAUGGUACGUUCGUUCAAGAUUCCUCAUCAAUCUAUCGGGUUUUAGAAAUAAUCGAAGAUAGUAAUCAAAAAGUUGGCAAAUUAAUUGACUUAAUGGGUAGUGAAAGGCCACUUUUUUAUAAUGAAGCAAAUUUUGAAAAAAACUUAAGUAAAUGUUCACUUGGGGUAAGUGAAACUUUUGAGACGCCUAAUGGGUCCUAUUCAAUUAGCUUACAAGAUAAGUUAUUUUUCCAAAUGCUUUAUUUUAAUCACUUAUUUUUAACGAAUCGGCUACCUAUCACGAAUAACGAAAAUAAUAAGGAGACUCCUUCAAUUUCAAAAUCAGUUCAUAUCUCGUUAGAAAGCGCAAGAACCAUUCUACACAUAACUUUGCUAAUUGAUAAGUUGACUGAUCAAACUGGCAAUUUUUCGUCUUGGAUAUCCUCAUAUCAAAUGUCGGCUUUUGUGGGGCUUGUGGCACAUUGCUUAAACUUCCCAAAUGAUCUUCAAACUCAAACCGAUUGUGCUUUAUUAAUUAAAGUAUCUUUUUUCUUUUCAAAAUACGCUUCCUGUUGCGAAAGAUUUGAAGAUUUAAGUAAUCCUUUAUUAAAGAAUUCAAAGAAAAUACCUUCAAAAACAAGAAUGAUAGAUAUUUUGAUUAGACUGCUUCUAAAAGCGUUAGUCGCCUUGAUAAAGAAUGACUCCGGAUAUGACAUAUCAGCCCAAUUUGCAGGCUUAUCAGACCAUUUGAAUGCCUGUGAAUCAAUGUACCCUGAACUCUUUUCUAUCUCAGAUGAUCUUGUCAAUACUGCUCCUUCCACUACAUUUACCCCCAACCAUACUUCAAAAAAGCCAAGCUUGGCUAAUCUUCUCAAUUCUGACACUGCUAACGGCCAUAGUAGUGGCACUUCCACUUCAGAAUCAACAAGUGAUCAUGGUCCCUUUAUAUCUGCUAAUCGCUUUAUUGAAAACUUGGGGGACGAAGAAUUGGCUAAAAUUUUUGCUCUGAGGCUCUCCGGACUUCCCAGCUUUUUCUUUGACGCUGACCCCAAUGAAAAUCACGCUUUAUCUCCCUCUAAUUACCUCUCUGGCCUGUCUUAA